UACACAAAGCUCUCAAAUUCCGACUGUCGCUUAUUUACUCUCUUCCCAUUUCAAGAAUCUCUUUAAACCCCCUUAAGCCCUGCCCUGAGCCAUCCCUUUUGCACGUUCUUCAAGGCUCCAAAACAAUGGAUUUUAAACACGAAGAUCCUGUUGAGAUAUGCAAGAAGGGAGAAGGGUUCUCAGGCAUUUACUACAAUGCAACUUUUCUGGCUGCGAUUGGAAGAAACAGAUACUUGGUACGUUAUGAUACUCGUUUCAACGAGGACGGAUAUAGGAAACUUGUCGAAGCUGUUGACUCAGAUGAAAUCAGGCCUUUGCCCCCGAAGACUGCUUAUACCAAGUUCGUUGUGUCCGACAGGGUUGAAGCCUAUGUCAACCUGGCUUGGCGGGUUGGGACUGUUACAAGAAAAGUUGAUCCUAACUACUAUGUGAAGUUGGAUUGUAAUGGGAGGGAAGAGCAUUGUGCUUUCUAUAAAGUUCGACUCCAUCUUGAAUGGCGAAAUGGGAGAUGGUCCUAUCCUGGGAGUGGGUCUCAAAGCAGCCAAGCAAACACAUCAGCGCAAGGGGGUCAGCCUGCAACUGGAGGCAACAUAGCUGACACAGGGGACCAGGGGGGGCAGCCUAAAAAUGAGGGUGACCAACCAAAACCAGGACAAGGAAGAGGCUAGUCUACAACUCCAGAUGCUGCCACAGAACAUCUAUCUUUUUUUCUUUCUUUUUUUUUUAGGCUGAUAGUAGAACAAAGUGCAUAGAAACAUUGCUGAUGAGCCUUGUUUUGCAGCUUCAUGGCACAAAAUGGGCUAAUUUUCAGUACCUUAGAAAUUGGUUUACUGUAGCAUUUGACAAUAAGUAAUUAGUUAGUGCGAUGUUCAACCAUUCCAAGUUUGAUCCUGUGGCAAUUACUAAUUACUUUCUGAUGACUCUUAACAUGAACUGUAUAUACUUCUUCCUCGUUGGUUCA